AAGACGUUAGCAACAAUGGCAUAAGUAAAAUCGGAAAAGCUGGUUGUAUUUGUGUUUUUGCGACGGAAGACGCGGUUUUUGUCCGCAACUUGUUGCUUUGCGCGAGCUUAGCUAAGCUAGUUAGGUAUUGGCUAAACAGUUACAACCAGUAAAUGGGCGUCGCACGAAGUGAGAUAAAUGAAUAAGACGCCAUGUUUAUCUACCUCAGCAAAAAGAUGGCCAGCCCCAACAGUACUCCCUUAAAAUGUAUCUCUUGGAACAAAGACCAAGGCCUUAUUGCCUAUGGAGGGGAUGAUGGUCUCCUAAAAGUGCUAAAACUUGAAAUUCAGACAGAUGAAGCCAAACUUAAAGGUGCUGUGCCCAGUAAUUUGUCAAUUAAUCAGACACUGGGGGGACACAGUGGUGCAGUACAAGUGGUUACAUGGAACGAACAAUAUGAAAAACUGACAAGCAGCGACCAGAACGGACUCAUCAUUGUAUGGAUGCUCCACAAAGGUACGUGGUACGAAGAGAUGAUAAACAACAGGAACAAGUCUGUUGUGAGGAGCAUGAGUUGGAAUGCUGACGGCCAAAAGAUAUGCAUUGUGUAUGAAGAUGGUGCAGUCAUUGUUGGAUCUGUCGAUGGUAACCGGAUUUGGGGAAAGGAGCUGAAGGGAAAUCAGCUGGCUCAUGUGGCAUGGUCUCCAGACAGCAAAAUCCUGCUCUUUGGCAUGGCCAAUGGAGAAGUGCAAAUCUUUGAUAACCAUGGCAAUUUCAUAAUGAAACUGACCAUCAGCUGCCUAACUAAUUUGUCUGGAGCUGUCAGGAUUGCUGGUAUUCACUGGUAUGCAGGAACAGGCGGUUACAUAGAACCUGACUGCCCGUGUCUUGCUAUUUGUUUUCAAAAUGGAAGAUGUCAAAUUAUGCGUUACGAGACCGAUGAAAACCCAGUAUGCAUUGACACCUCAAUGAAUGUCGUCAGUAUUCAGUGGAACCAUUGUGGUAGUGUGAUAGCGGUGGCUGGUUCCCUCAGACCAUCAAAUUCAGAUGUAGAAAUCAAUGUGGUGCAGUUCUACACGCCAUUUGGAGAGCACCUGAGAACCUUGAAAGUUCCUGGGAAGCAGAUGACAGGACUUGCCUGGGAAGGUGGAGGUUUGCGUAUCAGCUUGGCUGUCGACUCCUACAUUUAUUUUGCCAAAAUCAUACCAGAUUACAAGUGGGGAUACUGUUGCAGCACAGUGGUGUACGCUUUCACUAAGCCAGAGCGCCAAGAUUACUGUGUGAUCUUCUGGGAUACUAAAAACAACGAAAAGUUUGUCAAGUAUGUGAAGAGCCUCAUGUCAAUUACGACUUCAGGGGACUUCUGUACUUUGGCUAGUAAGGCUGAUGACACCCAGCCUCAGGGAAAUGCUGAGUUAGAGUCUGGGAGUCAUGCAAAGUAUGUCCUCAUUCUGUGCAACUCAAUUGGUACUCCACUGGACUCAAAGUACAUCGACAUAAGUCCUCUGUUUGUCACCAUGACCAGAACACAUGUGAUCACUGCAUCUAAAGAAGCGUUCUACUUGUGGCAGUACAGAGUGGCAAAUAAAUUAACUGCAUUGGAGAUUAACCAAGUAACCAAAACAAAGAAGGAGGGAAGAGAAAGGGUGUAUCACAUUGACUGCAGUCCAACUGGAGUCAAUGAGAAUGGAACAGACUUCACAAAUGCCUUCACAGCAACAAGAGAUCCUAUCUGUUGUAUUACAGCCACAGAUAAAACAUUAGUUGUGGGCCGGGAAUCGGGUAUCCUCCACAGAUACAGCCUGCCAAAUGUUGUUCUCAUACAGAGAUACACAAUGAACAGAGCCCACCAUCUCUCUUUAAACUGUAACUCCAGUCGUCUGGCCAUUAUUGACAUCUCAGGUGUGCUGACUUUGUUGGACAUAGAAGUUCAUUCAUCCUCAGGUGACACCGCGGGCAGUCAGGCUUUUAUAGGGGAUUCAUCAAAGCUUGAACGUAAGGAUGUUUGGGACAUGAAGUGGGCAAAGGACAACCCUGAUCUGUUCUGCAUGAUGGAGAAGACAAGGAUGUAUGUCUUCAGGAAUCUAGACCCCGAAGAACCCAUACAAACAUCAGGAUAUAUAUGCAACUUUGAAGACCUUGAAAUCAAAUCUGUCCUGCUUGAUGAAAUCAUGAAGGACCCAGAGAGGCCUAAUAAAGACAACCUGAUCAACUUUGAAAUCCGUUCCUUGAGAGACAGCCGUGCUCUCAUUGAAAACGUGGGAAUCCCAGACGCUUCACAGUUCAUUGAGGACAAUCCCCAUCCGAGACUUUGGCGACUGCUCGCUGAGGCAGCCCUCCAAAAACUGGAUUUAAGGACCGCUGAGCAGGCAUUUGUCCGCUGCAAAGACAACCAGGGCAUAGAGUUUGUCAAGCGUCUGGGAAACUUGCAGAGCGAGCCCAUGAAGCAGGCAGAGGUGGCAGCCUACUUUAGCAGGUUUGAAGAAGCCGAGCGGAUGUACUUGGACAUGGACCGCAGGGACCUCGCCAUUAGCCUUCGAAUGAAGCUUGGAGACUGGUUCCGGGUGCUCCAGCUACUUAAAACUGGCUCUGGGGACUGUGAUGAUGCUUUACUGGAGCAGGCUUACAAUGCAAUAGGAGACUACUUUGCUGACAGACAGAAGUGGGUCAAUGCGGUACAAUACUACCAUCAGGGCCGCCACCAAGAGAAGCUGGCAGAAUGUUAUUACAUGUUGGAGGACUAUGACAAUCUUGAGAAGCUGACCAACUCACUCCCAGAAAACCACACACUUUUGCCAGAGAUUGGCCAGAUGUUUACUACUGUGGGCAUGUGCGAACAGGCUGUGAAUGCCUACCUUAAAUGCAACCAACCCAAAGCGGCUGUUGACACGUGUGUCCAUCUGAACCAAUGGAACAAAGCCGUGGAACUUGCCAGGACGCACAACAUGAAGGAGAUAAAACCUCUUCUUUCCAAGUAUGCAUCACAUCUCCUUGAGAAGAACAACAUUUUGGAGGCGGUGGAAUUGUAUCAGAAGGCUCACCAUUUUCUUGAUGCUGCCAAACUCAUAUUUAAGAUAGCAGACGAGGAGGCCAGGAAAAGGACUCGGCCGCAGAGGGUGAAGAAGCUUUAUGUGCUGGCUGCUCGACUUGUAGAAAAUCACCAUGAGCAGAAGAAGACGUCACAGCAGAGUAAAACGAAAGGGAAGAAAUCCGAGGCAACAUUUGCACUUGCUGGACUGCUGGAGGAAGACGCAACGUCCUCUGACAAUCGUGUUCUGGACAACGCGUGGCGAGGAGCGGAGGCGUAUCACUUCUUCCUGCUUGCUCAAAAGCAGCUUUAUGAAGGUUACGCAGAGAACGCCAUGCACACAGCCCUUCACCUCCGCGAGUAUGAUGACAUCAUCCCCGCAGUGGAGAUCUACUCUCUUCUGGCCAUCUGCUCAGCAGCCAGCAAGGCGUUCGGCACGUGCUCGCAGGCCUUCAUCAAGCUGGAGUCUCUGGAGAGUCUUGACCAGGAACAGCGGCUGCUCUAUGAAGAUCUGGCCUUGGAGAUCUUUACCAAACACGCACCAAAAAACAGCCGCAAACUGGAGCGAGACGCUGCAUCUGAGGGGGUGGCAGAAAAGUUACCCACCUGCAUCGUGACAGGUCUGCCCAUCCAGGACUACCAUUUUUGGAUGUGCAGCGAGUGCAAGCACUGUGCUCUAAGCCAGGAGAUCAGCAAAUAUAACUACUGCCCGCUUUGUCACAGCCGUGUAGGCUGAAUAUCAUUUCUUAUACAUUCUGUUUAUUUUUCUGUAUAUAAUUCAGUAUAUUUUUGUAGAACAUGCAUUAUAUCACAUAAACAACCAAUUCACAUUAAGCACUCACAAAAAAGGGCAUAGAGUGAUUUUUCUGCUCAAAAGGGAAUUUAUAAGCAGAUUAAACUUCAAUCAAUCAAUCAAUGUUUAUUUAUAUAGCCCUAAAUCACAAGUGUCUCAAAGGGCUGCACAAGCCACAACGACAUCCUCGGUACAAAGCCCACAUAAGGGCAAGGAAAAACUCACCCCAGUGGGACGUCGAUGUGAAUGACUAUGAGAAACCUUGGAGAGGACCGCAUAUGUGGGUAACCCCCCCCCCCCCCCUCUAGGGAGACCGAAUGCAAUGGAUGUCGAGUGGGUCUAACAUAAUAUUGUGAGAGUACAGUCCAUAGUGGAUCCAGCAUAACAGUAAGAGUCCAGUCCACAGUGGGGUCAGCAGGAAACCAUCCCGAGCGGAGACGGGUCAGCAGCGCAGAGAUGUUCCCAACCGAUACACAGGCGAACGGUCCACUCCGGGUCCCGACCCCGGACAGCCAGCACCCCAUCCAUGGCCACCGGACCUGAGUGUCUCCCCCUCCACAAGGGAUAGGGGGGAGCAGAGGAGAGAAGAAAAGAAACGGCAGAUCAACUGGUCUAAAAAGGGGGUCUAUUCAAAGGCUAGAGUAUACAAAUGAGUUUUAAGAUGGGACUUAAAUGCUUCUACUGAGGUAGCAUCUCUAACGGUUACCGGGAGGGCAUUCCAUAGUACUGGAGCCCAAAUAGAAAACGCUCUAUAGCCCGCAGACUUUUUUUGGUCUCUGGGAAUCACUAAUAAGCCAGAGUUCUUUGAAUGCAGAUUUCUUGCCGGGACAUAUGGUACAAACUUCCAAUAACCAGUCCCAAUUUCCACACUUUAAACAGUUUUUCAAUGUAAGAAGUUGCUGUCAUGUCCAGCACGGCUUGCUACAAGAGAGGUUGUUUUUUCUCCUUAUUCAUGAGCUUAACUAGUCCAUCCAUCCAUCCAUCCAUCUUCUUCCGCUUAUCCGAGGUCGGGUCGCGGGGGCAGCAGCUUAAGCAGGGAAGCCCAGACUUCCCUCUCCCCAGCCACUUCGUCCAGCUCCUCCCGGGGGAUCCCGAGGCGUUCCCAGGCCAGCCGGGAGAGAUAGUCUUCCCAGCGUGUCCUGGGUCUUCCCCGUGGCCUCCUACCGGUCGGACGUGCCCGAAACACCUUCCUAGGGAGGCGUUCGGGUGGCAUCCUGACCAGAUGCCCGAACCACCUCAUCUGGCUCCUCUCGAGCUUAACUAGUGUAGCUACAAAUAAAGAAGACAACCUACUUCUUCUUCCAAAAAGGACAACAAAAAGUAUUUAUUUUGCUCCCCAACAGUACAGUUGCUCUGUUCUUUCAACACUUGUUUGUACAUUUCAAUCAAAUCCAGCCAAUCCUUUCAGGACAUGAUGUACAGGAUAAAUUAAAUGGCGCAUUUUGAGAAACAAUUUGCAGCAAUGGCGAUUUUUUUUUGCCGUAAUUCAAGUAAAAUUGUGUUUUAUUUGAUCAUAUUUACAUAAACUGUACAUUAUUUUCAAUAGGUAGUGCAUGUUAAGACAAUUUAAUGUUGGUGUGAAUUACUUGAUUGUUAAUUACUUUUUGUAGGUUUUUCGUAUAGAAAAUAAAAGGUCAUAUUUAGACGCAA